UUUUAUUAUUAUUAUAAUCAUCAGAAGCCGCAGUAUUUCUGAUGUGAUUUGUUGUGUGAAAUCGUGAGGAAAAAAAUAAAACAAGCAGAUCGAACGAGGUUCAAAGAUGUCAACGAGGUCAAAGCUGGUGGAGUUAGAAGGACGGAGGAAGGAAAACAAGGAAGAAAGAAAGUUAGAGGAAGAAAGAAGCGGGGGCAGUCGAGGAAAGCAGAAUGCUGAGAAGAUGGAAACGGAGAGGGUUGCUGCAAUGAGGGCUGAGCUCGAAUUAUUGAGGGAGAAACUGAAAGGACGACCAGAACAACCAGGACAGCCAGAGGAUGGAGAGGUUCUUUUUCAGAUGGCAACGAGAUCAGAACCGGUGCAGGUAUUGAAAGGACGAGGGAUGAAUAAAAAGGAAGGGAGAAAGUUAGAGGAAAAAGGAAAGGGGGGCAGUCAAAACAAGCAGAAUGCUGGAAAGACGGAGGCGGAGAGGGUUGCAGCCAUGAGGGCUGAGCUGGAAGUAUUGAGGGAGCAAUUGAAAGGACAAUCAGGACAGCCAGAUGAUGAAAAGGAGCCGGAUGGGGAAAGUGACGAAGAUGGGAAGAACAGGGGCAAGGAGAACGAGGAAGGUCGAAAAAAAGGGGAGGAACGCGUCAAGCCGAACGGGACGCAAUCUACUGGAAGACGGAAUUCAAAAAACUUCAACGGAUGGUGGAGGGGUCCGUUACUUCAGGAAACCUAAGAGGGAGAGGAGGAGUUCAUCGAGGAGGGAGAGAUGGCAGAAUAAUAAA